AUUUUAGCUCACUUCUUUUCCAAAAUUCUCCGGCGUUGGACGCGUGUCGAAAGAAGAAGUACAAAUUGCAAAUUUUCUUUCAAUUUUUUUCUCCAAUUUGUGUUCAAUAAAAAAAAUCAAUUAAUAAUGGAUCGAGGAAAUUACGGUGGUGGUGGUGGUGGUGGAGGUUAUAAUAAUUUUUCUGUUCCUCCGCCAAAUUUUCAACAACCUCCCAAAAAUGGAGGCGGUUAUAAUGAGCCGCCGCCAUCAUUUAAUAAACCCGCUCAAGGAGGUGGUGGAGGCCGUGGCGGUGGUGGUGGUUGGAACGAUCGCAGCGGAGGCGGCGGUGGUGGCGGAAGCGGCGGUUACGGAGCUGGAGGCGGCAACAAGGACGGCUACAAUAAAGGCGGCUACGGAGGUGGCGGUGGCGGUGGCGGCGGAGGAGGAGGUGGUGGUGACAUGGUAACCCAAGAGGAUACUAUUUUUAUAUCUGGAAUGGAUCCAAGUGCAACUGAAAUGGAAAUUGAAACAUUCUUUGGCGCCAUAGGUAUUAUCAAGAAAGACAAACGGACAAUGAAGCCAAAGAUUUGGCUCUACAAGCAUAAAGAAACCGGAGAAUCCAAAGGUGAAGCAACUGUGACAUAUGACGACACGAAUGCAGCCCAGUCGGCGAUUUCAUGGUUCGACGGACGCGACUUUAAUGGGUGCAUUAUAAAAGUUUCGCUUGCACAAAGACAAAAUAAUUGGAAUAAAUCUGGUGGAGGAGGUCGUGGAGGCGGCGGCGGCGGUUUUGGUGGUGGUCGCGGUGGCGGAUCUCGUGGAGGUGGUGGAUUCGGCGGUGGUGAUCGUGGUGGACGCGGCUUUGAUCGCGGUGGAAACGAUUUUGGAGGUGAUUCAGGUCGUGGAGGAGGUGGUCGCGGCGGAGACCAGGGUGGUCGAAUGGGUGGACGAGGAGGAGGUGGCGGUGGCGGUGGUGCAGCCGGCAUGCCACAAAGAGAUGGAGACUGGAAAUGCUCUAGUUGUAGUAAUACUAAUUUUGCUUGGAGAAACGAGUGCAAUAGAUGCAAGACACCCAAAGGAAACGAAGGAGGAGGUGGUGGAUCUGACAUGGGAGGCGGCGGCGGUGGUGGCGGUUACGGCGGCGACCGAGGUUACCAAAGCAGAGGAGGAGAUAGGAACGGUGGAGGUGGCGGAGGUGGAGGUUUUAACCGAUUCAGUGGUGGUUCCGGUGGUGGAGGUGGCGGCGGCGGUGGUAUGAGAGGCAACAACCGCGGCGACAGAAACAGUGGAGGUCCCAUGCGAAAUGAUGGCGGAAAUAGGUCAAGACCCUAUUAAACAAUCGGACUUACAUUUUUUUAUUUAAAUAAAUAAAUAAAUCAAUUUGCUUUUAAAAUAUUUUAAUGUAAUUUCGAUGAGAAGUUUAAUAAUAAUAAAAAUAAAAUAUUAAUUAUGUAGAUAAUAAUAA